AUGGACUCUUACCGAGUGUUGCGCCAGUUACAGCUGGGUCUGUUUGGCCUGGUGCUGUUGGCCGCUAAAAACGGGCUGGCAGACAAGGUGUGCAUCAAGCGGGUGGCCAAGCGGCUGGUGGCCACCCGUGAGAUCGAGAUGUUGACGGCAGUGGGGCGCCACCCGGGGGUGUGCCAGUUGCUCGAGUGGUUUGAGGAUGACGGCGACAUGGUGUUGGUGCUUGAGUACUGCGCCGGCGACGUCUACGACUUGAUCCACGAGCGUGAUUUGACCAUCGACGAGUGUGUCCGCCUCGCCACUCAGUUGGGAGCGGCGGUGGCCCACGCCCACGCUCAAGGUGUAUACCACCGCGACAUCAAGCCGGAAAACAUCUUGUACGACUUUGACGGCAACUUCAAGUUGUGUGACUGGGGGCUUGCCACCUCCCACCGCAUUUGCGACGAGAUGAACGUCGGCACCGAGAAGUACAUGGCCCCCGAGAUGUUUGACGAGGCCGCCGGCGGCGCUGCGGGGAACACCCGCUACGACGCCGCUUUGGCCGACUACUGGGGCGUCGGUAUCACGUUGUUGGCCCUGAUCUUUGGCCUGGCGCCAUUCAAGCCGACGACGGUCGACGACGCCAACUUCCGCACCUUCUGCCAGUCGCCGCAGAUCUUGUACGACAUCUACCCUAACAUGAACCUGACGUGCUACGAAACCUUCACCCUGACCAUCGUCCGCGUCGUCCCCGAGCUGCGGGACUUGACGGCGUUUGUGUCGCAAUUCGAGCUCAAGCUGGCCUACGGGUUCACCGUCGACGAGUACCACGACAACUACGCCGCCGACGCCCACGACGACGACGUGUUUGCCGCCGACAUGCUGCGGGCGUCGACGAUGUUCGACCGCGGCGGCCGCCAACACUCGUCGUUUGACAAUACUCUCCCCACGCUCAUCCUGCUGGUGAAGCUGACGAAGCUGUGGUGCGACAUGGACGACACCGACGACGCCGAGUUCCACCAGCAGAUCGACGCCAUCUUCAAGAAGCUCGGCGGGCUCCACGUGAGGGAAUAA